CAAGUAAAAAAAAGCCGGCAAGUCUCCUGUGGACCAAGUAAUUGCUUGCCAUACCUGCUUUCAGCACCUGGUUGCAUUUUCUCCCGCCAUGGAGCCGGGCGACCUUCCACCGACCUACGUGGAGGGGUUCCACGACCUGGACGCCGUCAAAAGAAUGAAAUACACCCGGCUGGGAAACACAGACCUGAUGGUCUCAAAGCUCGGCUACGGCGCCUCGGGACUGGGCCUCUGCUACGAAGCCUACGACUGGGAGGCGGCGCGCGCCGCGCUGCUGCUCGCGCUGCGCAGCGGUGUCAACUACAUCGACACGGCGCCCUGGUACGGCCAGGGACGCAGCGAGCGCACGCUCGGCCAGAUGUUAAAAGGCGUUCCUAGAAAAGCGUACUACAUAGCCACCAAGGUUGGGAGAUACGACAAGGACUACGAGCACAUGUUCGACUUCUCCGGCCAGCGGGUGCUGAAGAGCGUGGAGAACAGCCUCCAGCUGUUGGGACUUCCGUCUGUUGACGUCCUCCAGGUGCAUGACCUAGAGUUCUGUCCGCGCCGCGCCACCAUCCUGAACGAGACGCUGCCUGCGCUGCAUGAGGUGCGCGCGCGCGGCCUGACUCGCUACCUCGGCAUCACCGGCUACCACCUGGGCGCGCUGUUGGACGUGCUGGACCGCUCCACCGUGCGCGUCGACACGGUGCUCUCCUACAGCCGCAACAACCUGCACGACACGGCUCUGCAGCGGGUGCUGCCGCGUCUGCAGGCGGCCGGCGUGGGCGUCAUAGACGCGGCCGCCACCUGCAUGGGCCUGUUCUGCCCGCAGGGGCCGCCGGACUGGCACACGGGCACACCGGAGGUCCUCCGCACGGCCGAGCGGGCCCGCCAGCUCUGUCAGGAGCGCGGCGUCAACAUCGCGCGCCUGGCGGUGAACUUCGUGCUGACGGAGCCAGGCGGCGCCACCUGCCUGACGUCGAUGAUGACGCCGGAGAUCGUGCGGGAGAACCUGGCUCAGGUUGACCGCCGCUUGACCGACCUCGAGCGGCGGUGCUCUGACGAGAUCAGAGCCAGGUUCGCGGCACUCAACCCCGAUGUCUGCCACUGGGAGGGCAUAGCAGAGAAGGAGUAUUGGGACGCCUUAGGCCUCACAAAAGACGACGACCGGGUCUAGAUGGACGACAGCGGAUUUAUCACCGAGCCCCUUAUCAAAUAGUGCAGCCAUUGCUAUUGCCUUUCCUAUCCUGGCGCACUCGCGAAUGGGCUGGGCUGUGGUAUGGGCUUUCCGAGACGCAUGUUCGUGCGGCCACGUAAUGAUACCUGCAGGCUGAGUUCCCUGACGAGGUCAGAACGAAAAUGAGAUCAGUCGUAUACCGAAGUGCAAUUAUAAGAUGGGAUUGCAUGCGCAUAGGUAGUUUACGCAUGUCAGACAUACAGAAUGAGGGCAGUUCCAGAACGCUCCUAGCACUGUGGAGAACACCACAAAUGCAAUAAAAUAUGUGGUGCUUCGGGGAUCAAUAAGCAGUCUGAUGUCUCGGGCUAUUUUUUACAGCCGUUUUGAUUGAAACACACAAGGCACGCUUCAUCAUGACUGUUGCGCGAGCUUUUUCUAUGCCGUUACCCAAGAACGGGUAACCAGGAGUGCCCCUCCCCAAUCCCAGCGACGCAAUAAACCGUACGUUAACACCAGAAAACAUAAAAUCAAGGCGCGGCACUCCCAGCCAGGAAGAGAAAACAAACGUAAAGAAGCAGGCAAAGAAGUGGUGCAGACCCGAAGGAAUUGUGCUAUGUGAUGGGCAAGGAAAA